AUCAGCCUCAAGCCAAGACACCAUCACAAUCUUGUAUCUACAAUGACAUCCUAUUGCAGGCAGCUAUCAUCAUCUCCUGUAGGGGACAGACCUCAUAACUGAUGCAAGAAUGAUAAUACAAAUUAUAACAUUUUUAAUAUUAGGUCAUUACAAACUUAUUUGUGCCUUUACUGAAUAGUUACAGGUACAUUAUAGCCAAGAUGCUUAAAUAUAACAGUACAUAAAUGUAGAUAGUUAUGUUACAAAAUGUUAAAGCUAAUCUAAGAAAUUCCAGAAGAUUUCUAUUUUGUGUCUCAAGAACAAGCAAACACCAAGAAGAUAACCUCAUUAGCCAUGAAACCAUUCUUGUUUUAGGAAGGGACCUAAUUAUAAAAGGAAUGUAGGGUGUGUUAUCAGAGCAAUAAACCUAGGAGUAAAGCAAGCCCUGCCAACCCCCCUUUUCUUUUCAAAGAAAAACCUCCACUUGUGUUUUAGAGAAAAAUAUGAAGUUGGAGAUGUUUAAACCUUUUGUUUAUUUCUGAAAUGUUGAAAUAGGAAACAUUUGUGAAAUGCACACUUGCAAAUAUGUUGGCUAAGUAGUGCAGAGCUCCUAAUAUAAUUGCUAUGCAAACAGUAAAAUAAGUCCAUGAUGGGACAUCAAGCUAAUGGUCUUGCUAACCUAAUUACUAAUGCAAGAAGCCAUUUAAGUAUAGAAUAUUUAUAUUGAUGAGUAGUUAAUUACUGCCAGUGUUACCCUGGAUUUGAGGGGUGUGUGUAUCCCAGAAUGUGAUCAAGCCAAUUGUAAGCAUAUUAUACGCAUUCAGCCACCAUCAAUUAAUAAAAUAGAACACCACAUAGUACAGAGUUAAUUGGAAAACAGGCUUUUAGAGGCAAGAUCAAAAAUAGCUGGCAAUUUCUGUUAAUCAGAAUGGGAGGAGGGGAAAGAAAGUAAAUAAUUGAGACUGAAAGAGAUAAGUGGAUGGAAAACCUUGAGUCUGAGCUCCUCUGGUAUUAGAAGGUUAUUGAAAAUUAGUAAAAGUGAUGAUCCAGAAAGGGUCAUUAUAACCUAUGUGUUUUGUAGAAGUUAGUUAUAAAAAGGAUUAGCUAUAGAACAGGGGUUCUCAAACUGGGAGUCGGGACCCCUCAGGAGGUUGUGUGGUUAUUACAUGUGGGAUUGCGAGCUGUCAGGCUCCACCCCAAACCCUGCUUUUCCUCCAGCAUUUAUAAUGGUGUUCAAUAUGUAAAAAAGUGGUUUUAAUGUAUAAGGGGGUCGCACUCAGAGGCUUGCUAUGUGAAAGGGGUCACCAGUACAAAAGUUUGAGAACCACUGCUAUAGAGUGUACUUUGGAGCAGUCCUCUGAAGCCAUCUUAAGAGAUGUUUUUCCUGACACUUUUUUUCCCCAGCAGGUGAGCAACUGGCCACUCCGUAUCUGCUGCUCAAUACUGUUCCAGAUUUUAGGUAAAUAUCUGGGAUGUUCUAAACUUAUUGCUUAUGUCUGUGUGUGCUCAAAUCUAAUGAACUGCAGUUUUAGCCCAGGUCUACACUACGAGUUUAGGUCGAAUUUAGCAGCAUUAGGUCGAUUUAACCCUGCACCCGACCACAUGACCAAGCCUGUUUUGUCGACUUAAAGGGCUCUUAAAAUUGAUUUCUGUACUCCUCCCCAGCGAGGGGAGGAAUGAUAAAAUUGAUCUGGCUGGGUCGAAUUUGGGGUAGCGUGGACUGAAUUUGACGGUAUUGGCCUCUGGGAGCUACCCGAGAGUGCUCCAUUGUGACCGCUCUGGACAGCACUCUCAACUCAGAGGCACUGGCCAGGUAGACAGGAAAAGCCCUGGGAACUUUUGAAUUUCAUUUCCUGUUUGGCCAGCGUGGCAAUCUGGUCAGCACAGGUGACCAUGGAGUCCCAGAAUCUCAAAAGAGCUCCAGCAUGGACUGAACGGGAGGUACUGGAUCGGAUCGCUGUAUGGGGAGAAGAAUCCAUGCAGGCAGAACUCUGUUCCAAGAGACAAAAUGCCAAUAUAUUUGCCAAAAUCUCCAAGGGCAUAAUGGAUAGAGGCUACAACAGGGAUACACAGCAGUGCCACAGGAAAGUUAAGGAGCUGAGGCAAGCCUACCAAAAAACAAAGGAUGCAAACAGUUGCUCUGGGUCAGAGUCUCAUACAUGCUGCUUCUAUGAUGAGCUGAAUGCAAUUCCAGGGGGAGCCCCUAUCACUUCCCAACUACUGUCCAUGGACACCUGCAAGGGGGAAGUCUCAUGCAACAGGCAUGAGGAUUUUGUGGAUGAGGAAGAUGAGGAGGAGGAAAAGGUUGAGGAUAACGCACAGCAGGCAAGCGGAGCAUCCCUCCUUCCUGGCAGCUGGAACUGUUCAUCACCCUGGAGCCAAUACCCUCCCAACCCUCCCAAGGUGGGCUCCUGGACCAUGAAGCCAGAGGAGGCACCUCUGCUGAAAAUGUUUCUACGCUCCCCCUAACACCUCCGCCCCAUAGGCUAGCUCAGAUUAGAAGGCGAAAAAAAACGCACUCAUGAUGAAAUGCUCUCAGAGCUCAUGCAGUCCUCCCACACUGAAAGAGGUCAGCAGAAUGCAUGGAGGCAAAAAAUGGCCGAGUCCAGGAACGCAUUAAAUGAGCAUGAUGUGAGGAGGCAGGAGCGCGAUGAAAGGAGGCAGGAGCGUGAUGCUGAGCCUAAUGGGGGAGCAA